AUGGCCACCGACGCCGCGGACGCGACCUUCGAAGCGCUCGAGCGUCGGUUAACGCGGGUCGUGGACGCGAUCGCGGAUAAACCCGCGCGCGCGCGCGCGCGGGCGUGGAUUGAAAAAAUGCGCGCGCCGGAGAAGAACGCGGCGCUGAAGAUGAAUCGUAACAGACACGCGGAAUUGUUGCUCGCGAUGCUGCUCGCGGGAGACGUCCGACGGCCGUUCGAUGGGUUGCCGGCGCCGGGAAGACUUGCGCGAUUCGCGUGGGACGACGCGGUGGGGUACGGGUGCGAUCGGGUGCUCGAACGGGCGGACGCGGCGGCGGCGGCGGCGGAUGGGCGACGCGGGGGCGGGACGGACGCGGCGAAGGCGACGCGGGCGAAGGAGACGCGGACGAAGACAGGGGGGGGGGAUGCGAGCGCGCGGGCGGUGGAGGCGGAGUGUGGUUGGGUCUCGGGGGCGCGCGCGCGCGUGGGGACGAGCGUGGAGGCGGCGGGGACGGAGGAGAAGUCGCGCGAGGCGUUGCAGAUCGAGGUGAAGCAGUUGCGGGCAAAGGUGGAGCGGCAGAGUGAUAAGAUCGCGUCGUUGAAGGAAGAACUCGCGCGCGAGCGUGAGGGGCGGACGCGGGAGUUGGCGUCGACGCAGGCGAGACACGAGCGGGAGGUGAAAAAGAUUGUUGCCUCGGCGAGGGGCGUCAAGGCGCCCCCGUCCUCGUCGGCGCCUUCGCCUCCGACGUUGAAGCCACUCAGCAGCGCGGGCGUAGAUUUCGAUGAUUUCAUUGCUAAAUUUCAAGCCGAGACGGGUCGCCUGCGGAAGGCUCUCGAGCGCGGUCGAGGGGGCGUCUUGGCGUAA